AUGUCUACCCGACCGCGCCAAAGGCGCACACGCUUCAUCAGUGGGAGCACGUUGGAUGAAACCGCUUGUCGAACAAAGAAAAUACAUAUGGGUUCAGUGAAUCAAUCCAAGUCUCAGUGUAACGAGCAACAUACUUCUUUGCCUUCUUCACCAAAUUCUCCUUUUCUGGAUUCUGCAAACAUGCUGUUCCACAAUUCGGAAAUUGGUUUAAACACUUAUGUUACCCAAAAAGACAUUCCUGCCGAUCGUUCUGACGCAGUUGAAGAUGAAAAUUCGUUCGCAUCAAGCAUGUUCUCUGAAAAGCUUGUACAGCCUGAAUUAAAUUUAGUUGCUGAACCUUCAUCAGCAAGUGAACAUGAGUCAUUAAAGCAUAAAAACCCACCUAUUACGAAUAAGAGACUAUUAGGUUCUCAUUCAAGCACUAUACUCGAUGCUGAAUCCGACGUUAACUUAGAUGGAAUUUUGAUGCAAGGUGAGAGGAUGGUCUUAACACCAACCCCAGUGGCGGCGGACGAUGCAGGUAGCUCAGAGGGUGAGUAUGAAAAUGAAAGUCGAGAGCCAUCUCUACAUCAACCCAACUCUUCAAUUCAUCACAUGGCAAACCAAUCUGGCUUGGUCAGUGUUUCGUGCAGCCGAACUUUGGAACUCUUGGAAUCUGAAUCACAGGAAAGUAUGUAUUCCAGUUCAGCUAAAGUUUCAGUUUUUGAUUCCAUAUCUCCUGAGUCAAAAGAUGGUGGUUCUGAUAGGUCUGGUAAUCUGCUGACACGUAAACCUAAUGGAUUUGUGGAGUCGCCAACACCAAGUCGUUUCGUCGCAUUGGUAAACUGUAGUCCUCCACAUCAAAUUCAUUCCAGUCAAAAGUUGCACAAACCUGUUGACCGUCUUCAAACUGCCUCUUGCUUUGUUAAGUCUAAUAAAAGCAAUGUUGAUUACUGUGGCUACUCUUGUAAUGAUGAUGUGAUUUCUGCGGCCUGUAAUUCACAAUGCUCUCACAGAUUUACAGAUCGUAGUUAUAGUGAAAAAGAAGUGGAAAUAAGACAAGCAGUUUCUUGUAGUACUACAGAUCAACUUUCACAGCAUGAUUUCAAUCCAGCUUUAAACUUGGGCGAGUUUUCUCGAGAAGCUCAACAUGAUGAACCUGUUAUAAACUCCGACUCAUUGCUGUCUUCAACGUCCAACACAAAUGGUAUCAGCAACAACUUCCUUUCAGAUAGAUACCAAUUCGUACAAAAAUCAGAAGCGAUAUUUACAAAGCAUAUUUCUUCUUUUACUCCCGGUAAUGUUUUCAUCAUCACUAUUCCUUCUUCACCUUCUUCGGAAAACCCAACCACAUGUGAUCGAAAGUGCGACAAUUCCGAAAAGAGUACGUACAGCAACCCUACACCUCAUUGUAUAAAUGAUAGUCACAAUCCAGAAGUUGAAGGUCACAGCUAUCCACUUCGAUCCCGUUUAAGACAGGCGUUUCUCCGAUUGCAGUGGCAGGCAAUGCAAGUGGCACCAAAGUCAUUCGGACAGUUACCUACAGAAGUUGUGUUUCGUAUAAUUCAUUAUUUGAGUAUACAAGAUGUAUUUCGUCUUCAGCGGGUUAACCAUAGAUUCAAAGCGAUCAUCGAGCAGUACCUGCUACUGGUUAAGCGUAUUAAUUUUAGCAAUGGUCUUCCGUUCGCGUUUUUGCCAGAGUCAAUCACUGAUGUAGCUUUGAAACGUAUGCUAAGCCGGACACCUGAGGUCACACAUAUCCUUGGUUUUAUCCCCGAAAAAUAG